AUGGAGACUACUGCAAUUCAACUUUCUCCCUCCCACGCUGGACUCAUCAAAGCAGCGAGUCACGCUACUUUGGAAUCGCUUGAAGAAUGCAAUAAGCUCCUCCAACAGAAUCACGAGAAAUGGCACAUGUUCUUCCGGGAUACGGCGGGACAUAACCAUAUCGUUCACAGCCUUCUUACAGUCCUGGCACUGGGUGGUAGCCCGGAAGAACUCAGGGCAAGAUACAAUGACGGCGUACCGAUUCAGCGCGCAAUUCCCUCGGUGGAUGUAGAAUUACUGGAGAAAUUGAGAAGCGAUGAUAAAGACGACAUCCUAUACGAUUCUAUUGUUGGGCAGAUCCAUCAGUAUCACACAUUUCUCGAAUUCUUCAAGGGCGAGGUCGGAGACAAGGGUUGGAAAGAGGUCAUGAAAGAGUACGUCCUAGCACGUACCAAGUUAGCUGAUCUCAUUCUUGCACGCAUGUUUGAGGGUGCUUAUCACCCCAUCAUCCACCUCGGUCUCGGCGUCGAGUUCCAACAACCAGUCAUCAUCGCGGAGGCACUUGCCCAGGCCGCCGCCCACGAUGACUCCAGAAUCAGCACAUUUUUCCAAAAUUCCGAGCAACAAGCCGCCAUUUCUUAUCCGUCACGAAAACCCAAGUCGCUGCUCGAGUUGGUGGAAGAAGUACGCACAACCGAUGUGAUUCGCAGCGCGCCCAGAUGGACCGAUUUUGGCAACAAGAUGCGUGACGGCGUUAUAGGUCGCGCGGGUGAAGCAAUGGCCAGUCUGGCGUCACAGUUCCGCAUUAAGAAUGAUGAGGAAGAUCUCAAGCGUCGAACUGCUGAGAUGAUCAGUACAUGUGCGUAUUUUGCGGGAGCCGCGCAGGACAAGAGCAAGCCGAAUCGCAGGACCAAGAUUGAUUUCUUCUAUAUGCACUGUGUCACCAGUAGCAUAUUCUUCACCGUGUUUAACAAUCAAGAAUGGAUCCGGCUUGAGGACCGCGUCCGCCUUGUCGAGUGGAAAGCACGUCUGGAUCUGGCCUGGUAUGCCGUUUCAGGGUCUGCAAAACUCAAUCAUAGUGCUAUUUCUGAAUACUCUUCGAUCGAGAGCAACGACCUGUGCUGGAAUAUGCUUUUCGACAAGGUUAUCAAAGAGCAUGACGACGGACAUGCUGCCAAAUUCAUGCGUGCUUUGAAAAACGGGGAAGAUUCUGCUAGGGAGUUUGAGCAAGGAGAGUAUGAAGAGUACUUUCCAAUGAAGGGAGAUAUGUGGCUGCAGUUGGCAAGGAUGUGCCAGGACACAACAGGGAACCGGCCUUCAGAUCUCAAGUGGGUGCCGUUCACUGGAUUUGAGCAGCCUUGGAACAGGCCGGAUUUGGUUGCCCCCUAG